CACUGUUACUUCUGUGACUUCUACUUCUAUUAGUAUUGAUUCUGCUUCUGUUGCAGCAGUGGUUGCUGCUGCUGUUACUGCAGCAGCUGGUUCUGAUGCUCCCACUGUUGCUCCUGUUGCUUCUGCUGUUGCUGCCGUUGCUGUUGCUACUGGUCCUGCUGCAGCAGCUGCCUUCGUUGUUUCUGUUGCUGCUGCUGUAGCUCCUUGUGUUGCUCCUCCUUUUAUCACACAAGCUGCAGCCCCUUCUACUGUUGCUGCAGCUACUGAUGCUGCGGUUGCUACUCAUGCUGCUGUGUCUCUUGUUGCUGCUGCGGCUGCUGCCGCAGCUACUGCUAACUGCUGCUUUUGUUUUUCCAGGCACUCCUGCUAUAACUACUGCAGCUAGAUCUCUUGCAGUAGCAGAUCUUCCCGAUGCUCCUUCUCCUGUACCCACUACUCCUGUUUCAAACAGAUUUAUUCUAAUGACAAUAAAGUGUGUAGAAGAUAGAAAACCACAUCCUGCUGUUGAGGAGACAGAGAAACAUGAUGGGGACAAAAAGAGCAAAUCUAAGAAAAAAUUUAAGGUGCUGUUUAAACAGGUCCCAAAGUCGGCAAAAGACUUACAUGAUCUUAUUGACUCGACUCAAAUAAAUGGAUCCUGUUCAGCAGAAUAUCCUGGGAGCUCCUUAAAAAGUACACCUGCAUUUGAUUUAUAUAAAUAUUUAGAAGAACUUAAGGAAACCUAUGUUCAACUACUCUUUAAAAAAGCUAAAUUGAAAAAGAAAUUAUCUAAAGCAAAAGAAAACUCACGGUUAGAGGAAAAUCUUGUAGCAGAGAAAGAAAGAAAUUGUAUUUUGAGAUCAUUCAUAAAAGAGCAAAUAAAGUUGAUAAGCAAAAUAAUUUGUGAUUAUAAUGAGUCUGAAGAGGCUCUGAGAGAGGAAGAAGAGAUGACUGAGAGAAGAGAGCAAUGCAACAGACAAGUUACAGAGACACAUGAACUUGAAAUAUGUCAGAAAACAAGAGAUGUGGUGUUAAAGCAGCUACAAAAAGAAAAAGAAUAUGUACAGAGGAUGGAAGAUCACAUACACAAGUUAAAACUAGAAAAUACCUCAUUAAUGGCUACAGCGAAGAACCAAAAGGAAGAAAUAGAACAUCUGCAGAGACAUCUGCAAGACAAACACGAAGGCCUGGAACCCAGUCCCAGUUUGUCUGGAAAUGAUAUGCAAGAACUAAGCGGGGAACUCAGUGACUUAAAAAAACCCAUGCAACUUAGUUUGGGGAUGCAGAACAAACAAAAGAGUGAUAUAGGAGAACUACCUGG